AUGACAGCAGUGGCAUUAUGUCUCAAUGUGUUUAUCCGACAGGCACAACAUAUUGGCAUGGCCACGAUCGCGCAGAGCAUGAACGUGGUUGCCCCCCUGAGGACAAAUGAGCAGGGAGUACUCAAGCAGACCACAUACUGUCCUUUACUGCUUUUCUCUACUUAUAUGCGCGGUCAGAGUGUGGCAGUCCACGUCCGGAGUCCGGUUUAUACGGGUCGAACUGUCCCAGAAUGGCUAGCGAGCACGAUGAAUAUUCCAAUUUUGAAUGUUUCCGCCGCUCUGAGCGAUGAUGAUUAUCUCAAUCUGGCUGUGGUGAAUAUCUCAGACUCCAAAUCACAGGAGGCAUCCCUCCCGGCGAUCCAGGGCCCGGUUCAAGUAUUUUGCGUUGGUGGCGAUGAGAAUGAUAUUCGGGAUACCAACACGUGGGGUUCUCAAAAGGUGGGAGUCAAGGAGUCGACAUGGAAUGACAAGGGGAAAUUCGUCUUUCAAAAGCACAGUUUUACCCUGCUCCGAUGGAAGGUCAUCGCUUCUAGGUCGAAGAUAGAAGAGUGUGGUGUCCCUGUUGAUAGCACGUCAGCUACUCUGCAUAAUGCCCUGCAUGGGGUUGAUGUGUCUAGAUAG